AGAAAGGGACGUUUGCAAAAAGUCUGUUGUAGCAAAGAUGAUGUUCACUACUUUAUUAGUGCUUGGCCUUCUGGCAACUUCCUCUUACGUUUUCGCGGCAAGCAAACCAAAUUUUGUGAUUAUGCUUAUGGAUGAUAUGGGAUGGGGAGACCUCGGGGUGUUUGGGGAGCCCAGUAAGGAGACACCUAAUCUGGAUCAGAUGGCAGCAUUUGGAAUGCUCUUUCCAGAUUUUUAUUCUGCAAAUCCACUGUGUUCACCGUCACGUGCAGCAUUGCUGAGUGGCAGACUGCCAAUAAGGAAUGGUUUUUACUCAGAUAAUGCCCAUGCCAGGAAUGCCUACACUCCACAAGUGAUAGUUGGGGGCAUCAACGACACUGAAAUUCUUUUCCCUGAGCUGCUUCAGAAGGCAGGCUACAGGAAUAAAAUCAUUGGAAAAUGGCAUUUGGGCCAUCGCCCACAGUAUCACCCACUGAAGCAUGGCUUUGAUGAAUGGUUCGGGGCCCCUAACUGUCACUUUGGUCCAUACAAUGACAAGAACACACCCAACAUCCCGGUGUACAGAGACGCUGAAAUGGCUGGAAGAUAUUAUGAAGAGUUUCAGAUAGAUCAAAAGACUGGGGAAUCUAAUCUAACGCAGAUGUACAUUGAGGAAGCUUUGACCUUCAUCGAGAAGAAUGCGCUGAGCGAUACCCCUUUUUUGCUUUACUGGGCUGUUGAUGCCACUCAUGAUCCACUGUAUGCCUCGAAAAAAUUCCUUGGCACCAGUAAUAGGGGUUUGUAUGGGGAUGCUGUACGAGAACUGGAUUAUGGGGUUGGACAAAUCUUACAGAAACUGGCAGAGUUAGGAAUUGACAGUAAUACCCUGGCUUUUUUCUCGUCUGACAAUGGAGCUGCCACAUAUGCUAAGACUGGGGGAGGAAGUAAUGGACCAUUCUUGUGUGGAAAGGAGACAACAUUUGAGGGAGGAAUGCGUGAGCCGGCCAUUGCUAUGUGGCCAGGGAAGAUCAGACCUGGAACGGUUUCCCGUCAGUUAGGAAACCUGAUGGACCUGUUCACUACAUUGUUAGAACUGGCCGGGAUCCCUAAACCUGAUGACAGAAUAAUUGACGGCAUCAGCCUCACUGGAGCCUUCUUCAACAAUAGUAACACAGACAGGCCAAUCUUUUUUUACCGUGGGAAUACCCUGAUGGCAGUACGUGUUGGGAAUUACAAAGCUCACUUGUGGACUUGGACCAACUCGCUUACAGAGUUUAACAGUGGUGUGAACUUCUGCCCAGGCCAGGAGAUAGAGAAUGUCACAACACAUGACCAAGUGGACAACACUGCACAGCCUCUUCUGUUCCAUGUGGCCAGAGACCCUGGGGAGAAAUACCUGAUUAGGCCUUCUAGUGAGGAGUAUAAGCAGGUGAUGCCAGGUAUCCAGCAGAUAGUGAACUCACACAUGGAGUACCUGGUACCUGGGCAACCAUCACUGAACUACUGUGACCCAGCUGUACAGAACUGGGCACCUCCAGGUUGUUUGAAGCUGAACAAAUGUCUGCCUGCUCCUCCAUCAAAAAUGACGAAGUGUGUGUGGGAGCAUUGAUGAGACGACUGCCAAUCAGAACAAGCUUUCACUGUCACUGCUGACAGUGUGUCUUAAUGACGCACACACAUGUACCAGAAAGGUCCAAAAGUGAAAUCAGAUUAUACCGACUGAAAACCUUCAAAGGCAGAUUUAUUGGGAUUUAAAUUAUAUAAACAUAUAAAGUGAUCAAAUUUUGUCUAGUUUUAAAAUGGCUUAAGCUGACACACUCCACACUAUCCCAUACUCUGAAAUUUCGCCCAUGAAAAAAAAAAA